GUUUGGGAAGCAGGAUCUAAAGAAAGAAACGGCGGUGUUGUGGACACUGAGAUUUCUAGUUUAAAGAUGAAGCUGACUGGAAUAGCUCUGUUGUGUCUCUCCCUUCUUUUGCUUCAUAUACAUUUUUCCUUGGCCAAGAAAAAAGGAGGGUUUAGUCUCUUUAAGAAGACCUCCAAAACCAGUAAUCUGGACACUAAGUCUAAGGGUGGAAUCCUCAAACAGCCUAUAAAACCUGAACAAGGAGGUUACCCCCAGCAACCAGGCCGACCAGGAGGUUACCCUAACCAAGGAGGUUACCCCCAGCAACCAGGGGGUUACCCUAACCAAGGAGGUUACCCCCAGCAACCAGGCCGACCAGGAGGUUACCCUAACCAAGGAGGUUACCCCCAGCAACCAGGGGGUUACCCUAACCAAGGAGGUUACCCCCAGCAACCAGGCCGACCAGGAGGUUACCCUAACCAAGGAGGUUACCCCCAGCAACCAGGGGGUUAUCCUAACCAAGGAGGUUACCCCCAGCAACCAGGGGGUUACCCUAACCAAGGAGGUUACCCCCAGCAACCAGGCCGACCAGGGGGUUACCCUAACCAAGCAGGUUACCCCCAGCAACCAGGGGGUUAUCCUAACCAAGGAGGUUACCCCCAGCAACCAGGGGGUUACCCUAACCAAGGAGGUUACCCCCAGCAACCAGGCCGACCAGGAGGUUACCCCCAGCAACCAGGGGGUUACCCUAACCAAGGAGGUUACCCCCAGCAACCAGGCUAUCCAGCUGGAGGUUACCCAGCACAGGGCUACCCAUAUGGAGGAGGUUAUGGCGGUUAUGGUGGUCACGGCAGUUACGGUGGUUAUGGCAGUCAGGCUGGUUAUGGAGGUGGAUACAUGAACUACAACCCAAACAACAGAGUCCUGAGCCCUCGCUAUGGGGGCAGCUUUGGAUAUGGGGGCCAUGGCACUGGGAGCGGCUCUCCCUUUUCCCACUCAGUUCAGUCGAUGGGCAUGUAUCCCUCUGAUAAAUCCAGAGGGUUUGGACGCAGUGCGGUGAUGGCAGCAGCUGGAGGGGCUAUGGCAGGGAUGGCCCUGGGCUACGGGCUAGGAAGGUUCCCCCGUCCUCCCUUCCACUUCCACAGCCCCCAAGAGGAGUAUUACUACAAUCACUACAUGUACAGGAAAUAUGGUACCAAGUCUACUGAUAGCAAUGACUACAGCAGAGACUACAGCUACAGCAAACCCCCUGAAACCUAUGACAGCUACAUGGACUCCUGCAUGAAGAGAACCGACAUUCUGCCUGCGGAGAAUCAAAAGCCAAACAACCAACCAGCUGUUACCACCACAACUACGAUUACAACUACUUCUGCAACUACCACAACCACUGCUGCCCAGGACUCUGGCAUUAGCGGCAACACAACAGAGAGCAACAGCACUGCAGCAGAAAACUCAAAGACUGCAUCUUCAACUCCACUUCCUCUAAAUAAGUCUGAAGCCAAUCCAGUGCCUCCAGCUUCAAAGGUUCUCAAAAAAGCUGCUACUGAUGAUGAUAAUGAUGAUACAGUUAGCAUUGUGGAAAUCGGCUACCCGGCACUGAUUGAGCAGAUGAAGGCCAGGAGAUGUGUUGAGCUGUACAUGGUCUACUCUGAAAAGUACUUGAAGAAAAGGACGGAGCCCAGCACCACUGGUGGGGUGCAGGGACUGGAGAUGGGCUUGCAAGGGCUUUUAGCUGUGAUCAUCAGUACAACACUGACGCUACUGAACAGCAACAUGCUAAUGCUGCUGCGGUGUGGCCUUUAUUAGCAUUUAAAGUGAUGGAGAAAUAUAGAAGCAUUAGAUUAGUUUGCACCCUGGGGCGAGUACAUGAUCUGUCAUGGUGAUGAUCUGUGUAAAUGAACAGCUCUGUAAUAAUGGAGAUGUGCUUUAAGCGUGAUAUAGUAACUCAAGAGGUGCUGAUGUUGGAGGACUGUCUGAUUCAAACAGUAAAUAUUAUAUUGAAUAAUAAGAAUAUAGUGAAUUUUAUUAUCAUAUCUGUGCUUUAGACAGAGGUUUUACAUUGUGAGCAUAACUGAAUAUUUGUAAUGGAUCAUAUUUUCACAAUUUUGUACUAAAUGUCACUGAACCUUUAUGUAAUUAGCAUAUGGUUCAUUGAAGUACAGAAAAUCUAAUGAGAAGAUUAUUUAAGGCUGAUUAUGAUUUCUGGUGGUAUACUGUACACUAGUUUAUUUGGAAAAAACACUCUCCCUAAGUAUCUAUGCAUGUUGUUGUCCUAACACUUCAUAUAUUACUUACGCAAAGAAGCACAUUUUCUAAUAUUUAUGUAUGUUGGAUGAUGUUUGUAAAAAAACAUUACAUGAAAAUCUCCAUAUGUGCUGCCUAUGCUUUGUACAAUGUGUUGUAUGUUUUAGGAUACGUUUUUAUAUACUUGCCUCCCGCUACCCUUCUAUCCAAUGUUUUUCCUCUCUCUGCGGUAGCUUGUGAAUGCUUAAGUGCUCUUAAAGUGUAAGACCUCUGAUUUACUAAUUACAUCUGAUGAACUGAUGGAAGUAAAAAUCCAGAUAGGCUAAUUUAGUUUUGUUUCUCUGUGAGAAUAUAACUAUUGUCCUGUGUUGGUGAUAGUAGUAAAACAAUAUAUUCAUAUGAAAAUGUAACAUUAUUACUGUAACAAAACCACUAUAACCACAACA